AUGACCACCGAAAACAAAGAAGAAGGCAAUGACCUCCACUGCUGUCUCUUUUUUUUAGAGCACCAGGCAGCUCUGCUGCAGCUGAAGCGUGAAUGCAAAGAAGAAGUGGAGAAGUUACAGGAGGACUUCAGCCAGGAGCUCUCGAAACUAAGGGCUGAAAACGAAGUCAACGUAUCCCGUCUGAAGCUCAGUCUCGCUGAGCUGCAGGCCAAGAUCUCCCAACUUGGCACCCUCAGACACAGCGAGCACAAAGACGUGGCCGUGUCCACACAAGAUAACCAAUCUCCGCGCAAAGCCUUCCGCACUGUCUGCAUCCAAACCGACAGGGAGACCUUCGUCAAGAGUGAUGAGGUCGGGAACAGGAGAGACAGCACCCAAACUCAGCAGCGGGUGACCCCCAAAAAACUAGACUUGGCUUCUAUCAGCUUGAGCCUGGCAGGUCAGCGAGACGGGGGCCCGCCGUGUCAAUCAGUGGGACACCACGCACCAAGCAAUGCAAUCGCUCCACCACCUCUGCCUCCACCUCUGCCACGUUCGUCACCAAUGCCGACAGACAAACAAACAUCGAGAGCCCCCCCGCCGCCUCCUCCACCGCCACCUCCACCCACCCCAUUUCAUGCAGUUAAUGCAGCUCCCCCACCACCUCCGCCCCCUCCGUCCAUGUCGGCUGUGACUUCAUCAAUGCCUCCGCCUUUAUUUGCGACUCCCAGAAAACCUGCGGUCCAGCCUUCGCGUCCCAUGAAGCCUCUGUACUGGACCAGAAUUCAGAUUGAGGACAACAAGAACAACACACUGUGGAAUGUUUUGGAGGAACCGCAUAUCACGAACGCAGUUGAGUUCGAGGAUCUGUUUGCCAAAACCACCACGCGACUCAAGAGAAAACCGCUGGUGGAGAAUUAUGAGAAAAAGGCCAAAGCCAGAAAGAUCAUUAAGCUGCUGGACAGUAAGCGCUCUCAGGCUGUGGGUAUCUUCAUAUCAAGCCUCCACCUUGAGAUGAAAGAUAUCCAACAAGCUGUGCUGACUGUGGAUAACUCCGUGGUGGACCUCGAGACUAUCGAGGCGCUGUAUGAAAAUAGAGCUCAGCCAGAGGAGCUGGAGAAGAUCAAGACGCAUUACAACACAUCCAAGGAAGAGGAGAUUAAACACUUGGACAAACCCGAGCAGUUCCUGUACGAGCUCUCGCAGAUUCCGGACUUUGCAGGCCGAGCCCGCUGCCUCAUUCUCAAGGCGGCCUUCAACGACGGGAUGGCGUCCAUUCAACACAAACUUCACACGAUCGCCUCUGUGUGCGAGGCUCUGCUGGAAAAAGAUGGCGUAAAGGAAAUUCUGGGACUGGUCUUGGCUUUGGGCAACCACAUGAACGGCGGCAACAGGAUCAGAGGCCAGGCUGACGGCUUCGGUCUCGAAAUACUUCCAAAACUCAAAGACGUCAAGAGCAGGGACAAUCGGAUCAGCCUGGUGGACUACGUGGUCUCAUAUUACCUUCACAAUGUUGACAAGAAUGCCGGAACAGACAAAAGUGCUUUUCCACUUCCUGAACCACAGGACGUCUUCUUGGCAUCGCAGCUCAAUUUUGAGGACCUCAUUACAGACCUAAAAAGGCUCGGCCGAGACCUAGCAGAAUGUGCCCAGGGUGUGCGGAAGGUCUGCUCGGACUCCCCUGAGGAACAUCUGCAGCCGUUUAAAGACCGAAUGGAGACGUUUCUCCUUAGUGCGGGCAAAGAACAUGUUGGAGCUUCCUAUCAGUUAAUGUCAGCCCAAAAAAGUUUCCAGGACUUGUGUGUUUACUUUGGCCUGAAGCCCAAAGCGGGAGAAAAGGAGGUGAUGUCCACUCAUUUCUUCAUGCUGUGGUUUGAGUUUUGCACCGACUUCAAGGCCAGGUGGAAGCGGGAGAAUCGGAACUUCACUAAAGAAAGGUUAAAAGAGGCCCAGCAGUCAGUGAGGAGGAUCACAGCAGAAAAGAAAGUGGAGACCAGAAAGAUGAUCCCGAACAGUCUGAAAGAACGACUGCGGCAUAAAGAAGCUAACAUGAACUCAACUGAAGAUCCUCAUUCAAUAAUAGACUGAAAAAAUUUUUUUUGAUUUGUACGUUAGCAUAUACGAGACUAACUUUACAAUUUAUUUGAAUUCAUGAACACUUCCCACUUUUAUAACAGGAAUGCAAUAAUAAAGGUAAAUAUAUGGUCAUGUUUGAAAACCGGAUGACUGUUUGGAUUGUUUCGAGUCCAUAGUUGGAACUGAUCAGGAAAUAAAGAUGAAAAUGUCA